CGAUUCUUCUUCGUAAUCACGAAGCUAUUUCGAAUACAGGAAAAAGGAAACCGAAAACCCUAGAAGAGGCGUAGGGGUUUUGCUCUUCGAUUCCUUUGAUAUCUUCAAAGAUGCAAUUAACUCUUGAAUUCGGUGGAGGCUUGGAGCUGCUAUGUGACUCAGUAAAGAUCCAUAAAGUGAACGUCGACUUCCCCGAUGGGGCAGACAAUUUGACUAUGAAGCAUUUGCUUUCUUGGGUGCGUUCCAAUUUGAUUAAGGAGAGGCCUGAAAUGUUCAUGAAAGGGGAUUCUGUGAGACCGGGAGUUCUAGUGCUGGUGAAUGACUGCGACUGGGAGCUCAGCGGCCAGCUUGAUACGGUCUUAGAAGAAAAGGAUGUCGUGGUUUUCAUUUCAACCCUUCACGGUGGCUGAUAACUGCAGGACUGGCCGGGUCUGGUCUGGUCUGGGCAUUGUGGUGCCUUGUACUAUCCCUGAUGCGUAUUUGCUAAAUACCCGAAAAUCUUCUGUUCUUUUACUAUUGUGAAUUGUGAAUGAGUGAGUCGCUUUGCUUUUGUUACUUCUGAUUUCUUGAGGAAUUCAGCAAUAGCAGAAUGUAAUGUAUUUAAAGAUCUUAUGAUCUUGAACCUUCUUACCUAAAUAUUAGAAAUCCCUCAUGCGUUCAUUG